AUGGCAAAGGGUAAAUCAGGACCCCCAUACACAGGGCGCUCUGCAGAAUAUGUCGUUGUCAGCUGCCCGUGGGGGAUGAACCGCGUCACAAAGAAUCGCGUCGCGCAGGACUUUGAUCGUCUUGCUGCGUGGAUUCAAUAUGUCCUCCAGGACAAAGGUGUAGAUGCAACUGUUGAAUGUAUAUUUCAAAUGGGGACGAGAGAUGAAGUCAUUGUCCAACUCCCACUUGGGGCAGAUAUUCAGCCACUUCUUGGGGAGCAUAAGUGGGCAAUCAUCUCGAAGAAGUGGGAUGGGGAUCCAAAUGAUGGCAGAGCCUCCUCUUUAUUUGAAUAUAAUUUUCGCAACAACGGCGACCCAAGUAAUCACAACUGGGCAGAAGAAUAUCCUAGCCCCCUUCCUCCAGGGAGUGUCCCUGCAAAGUCCCCGUAUCCAGAGCCAGGCUGGGCUGAGCCCCCUAGCUCUAUCCGUAGUCUCGUCCUUCCAGUACCACCUAGGCCACCGACACCUGUCCCAGAAUCUGAGCCAUCACAAAUCCCAAUCCCAAUCCCAGUCCAAAUCCCAAUCCCAGUCCCAGUCCCUGCGUUUCAAGGAACGACACCUCUACCUCCCGUUUCUCCCCCCACAGCACCUGCUAAUGCAACUUCUGCAUUCAGACCUUACGAACCUCCUACGCAACACCCCGCUCAUGGAACUUUCAUCGACCAGAUAAAUAAGCCAAGGAACCUUUCUGUGGACCAGCAAAGCCACCAGUCUAGUCCAGGCGAAGGCGAACAUGCCCCAGCCCUGAAAUAUAUCAAAAAGCUAGAUCCCUACCAGGAAGAGGAAGACACUCAGGCGCUCUUGCGAACCCCUCCACGAGAUUCUCAGAGUGACUCCAAGCCCAUCAAACACGAACUUGUCAAGAAAGAGCUGGACUUUGAACCCGAAUACCAGCCGUCUUCACAACUAAUGGACGCCAUCAGCAGUUUGAUACAGGAGCAGGACGAGGAACAGAAAGCCGUUGUCUGUGGGGGAUCUGGCGGACCGCUGCCAGGGCCAUCUACUUCCUAUCAGCCAUCUGCAGAGCUCAUGGACGCAAUUGACAGUUUAAUUCAGGAGCAGAAUCUCGACCAAAAGCCCGUAACCAAGGAACGCCAACAAAACUCUCACUAUCAACCAUCUGCCGAGUUGACUGAUGCGAUCAACAGUCUACUUCAACAGAGUGCAGCCAGCGACGAUGAGAAGAAGCCGGUUCCGGACCCACCACGUGCGCAUUCUCCUCUUAUCCUCAAUCAUGCUAUUAAGCCCAAGUCCAGCGCGAAGCAAGAGAAAAAAUAUGGACGGAAGAAAUCCAGGUAUGUGAUACAGCAUCUAAAUACCAAAUGA